AUGUCUUCUGAUUCUCCAUUGGACUUGUUGAAACUGAACUUGGAUGAGAAGGUAUACGUCAAGUUGCGUGGAGCUAGGGAAUUAACUGGUACUCUGCAGGCAUUCGAUUCUCACUGCAAUAUCGUCUUGUCCGAUGCGGUAGAAACCAUCUACGAGCUGGUAGAAAACGAAUUGAAGUCAACCAAGCGCGAGGCCGAAAUGAUAUUUGUUCGCGGGGAUACGGUGACUUUGGUGACAACUCCAUCAGACCAAUAA